CGGUUCUUUUCGUUGUAUUAUUGUUUUUAGACUCAGUUAUUAAGUAGAUUAUGUUGAACAGACAAUAUGUUUCGCGGAAUUUAAUUUUUUUGAAAUUGUUUACACAUUUUUCAACUUGUCGCAUGAUUGAGAUUGGUGGAAAACUAUCUACGUGUGACGGCGGAGGCAUAAUUAUAACUAUGCAUGAAGACUUUAUAUAUAUAAUCUCUAUGAUUAUAACCUAAAGGCUGGAGUACGGUUGACGUUUGGUUCACAACUACCUACGUACAUAUAUAUAACAUAUUUUGGCGUAUACUCAAAUGACAUCAUUAGCCUUUGAACAAAUUUUUCAUUUCUAAUAGCUAAAUAUAAUUAGUGUAAUUUGUGAAAUGAUUUAAUUUUUUUAAUUAUUAUCCACGUUGUGGUGUUAUUGAACAAUUGUGAGAAUAUUUGAAAACUCUUGUUGAGUUUUCAGUUCAACUAGAACAAAGAAUUUCCCAACAAUUACACUAAAAAAUUCAACAAUAUGAUUGCAUCUGAAGUUGGAUCUACAAAUAACGCAGAAACAGUUCGCAUCAAUACUGGAGAAAAAGUACCUCUUAUCAGGACAAGGGGCGUUUUUCGCAGACUAAGUAAUCUUCUGCGAUUUAGACAUCCAUCCAAUGAAGAAAGAGACGGUUACGUUGAAUUCAGUACUUUGGGAAAUGAUAGUGGCAGAACUCUUGGAACAUUUGCUGGUGUAUUUAGUCCAGUUACAUUAUCUAUGUUCAGUGCCUUAGUUUUUAUUCGAAUGGGAUAUAUUGUUGGAAAUGCAGGAUUAUUCGUUACUUUAAUACAGUUUAUUAUUGCUUAUGGAAUUUUAGUUUUUACAGUAUCAUCAGUCUGUGCUAUCUCAACUAAUGGAGCAGUUGAAGGGGGUGGAGCGUACUUUAUGAUAAGUAGAACACUUGGCCCAGAAUUUGGUGGAUCAAUUGGUAGUCUAUUUUUCAUGGCUAAUGUGGUAUCAAGUGCAUUAUGUAUAUCAGGAUGUGCAGAAGGUUUAAUUGAAAAUUUUGGACCUUCUGGCUAUUUAGUUAAAGAAAAUGGAAUAAUUCCUGAUGGAAGAUGGUGGCGUUUUCUAUAUUGCUCAGUACUCAAUACAGCCAAUUUGAUUGUAUGUUUAAUUGGUGCAGCAAUGUUUGCAAAAACUAGCGUUGCUAUUUUAGCAAUUGUUUGUAUAUGUCUUGGAAGUGUUUUUGUCAGUUUUCUAGUAAAAGGUGAAUUUGAGGUAUCAAUUCCUGAUGCAAAUACUUUAGUACAAAAUACAACUCAUAAAGUUUUUGGAAAUUAUACCGGUUUUUCAUCUGAAACCUUGCAAGAGAAUUUAUAUUCAAACUAUAGUGCAGAUUAUUCAAGCCUUGGAUCUGUAAGUAGUUUUGCUAGUGUUUUCGGUGUAUUAUUCAGUGGUGUUACUGGCAUAAUGGCUGGAGCAAAUAUGAGUGGGGAGUUGAAAAAUCCUGGACAUAAUAUUCCACGAGGCACUCUUUCUGCUGUUUUGUUUACAUUUAUAUGUUAUAUUUUAUUAUCAAUAAUGACUGCUGCAACAUCAAGUAGAUUUCUCCUUCAAAAUAAUUUUAUUUAUAUGAUGCCAACUAAUAUUUGGCCACCGUUUGUAGCUAUUGGAAUUUUAACUGCAACUUUUAGUGCUGGUUUGAGUAAUAUGAUAGGAUCAAGUAGAGUUUUAGAAGCUCUUGCAAAAGAUAAUAUAUUUGGUCCUUUGUUGAAUUAUAUUAUAAAAACUACAUGGAAGGGUAAUCCAAUUGGAGCAGUUUUAACGUCAUGGAUUCUGGUACAAACAAUUUUACUUAUUGGCUCUCUAAAUACCAUUGCCCAAGUCAAUUCCGUAUUAUUUUUACUAAGUUACUUAGCCACCAAUUUAGCAUGUCUUGGAUUAGAAUUAGCAAGUGCCCCAAACUUUAGACCAACAUUCAAUUACUUUACUUGGUACACUGCAACUUUAGGCCUUCUUGGGACACUUAUAAUGAUGUUUAUUAUCAAUAGCAUUUACGCAUCAAGCAGUAUUAUAUUAUGCCUUGUACUUGUUAUUGUUUUACACUUAUUUUCUCCAAGUAAAAAUGCAUCGUGGGGUAGUAUUUCUCAAGCUUUAAUAUUUCACCAAGUUCGUAAAUACUUACUGAUGCUCGAUUCACGUAAGGAUCACGUUAAAUUUUGGCGGCCGCAAAUCCUUCUAAUGGUUGCGUCACCGAGAUCUUCUUGUCCAUUGAUAGAUUUUAUAAACGAUUUAAAAAAAGGAGGACUUUACGUUAUUGGACAUGUCAAAGUUGGAGAAUUUUCUGGAAAAGUUGAUCCGACUAUUGAUGAAUAUCCUCAUUGGCUAAGUUUAGUAGACCACAUGAAAGUGAAGGCUUUUAUUGAAUUAACGUUAACGAAGACAGUUCAAGAAGGCCUGCAACAUUUGAUUAGAUUGUCUGGAAUGGGAGCGAUGAAACCAAACACCAUCGUUCUUGGAUUUUACGAUGACGAGACUCCUGUAGACUUUUUCCAAGAUUCACAAUAUGCAACGUCAAUGUAUGACAAUGUUACAACAUAUGCCAAUGCAAAAUUAUUUGCUCUUCGGCAACCUCACGAAAGUAAAACAAUUGAUGAACUCCAGUACGUUAAAAUGUGUGAAGACGUUCUAAAUAUGAAGAAAAACUUAUGCCUUUGUAGAAAUUUUCAUUUACUUGACAAAUCGCAAUUGUCAAAAAAUGCUAAUUUACAAUAUAUUGAUGUUUGGCCAGUGAAUUUUUUCCAACCAUCUGACCAAGAUCCUUUCGAUACAACUUCUUUAUUUAUGUUACAAUUAGCUUGUAUAAUAAACAUGGUACCUAAUUGGAAAAAUCUACAUCUUAGAGUAUUUCAUUGUGAAUUGAUGAAAAGUAGCAGCCCAAGUCUGAGUAUUUCCGAAUCACACAGCUCGAUUGAUGAUCAUCCGAGAAUUUCAAAUGAACACAAAUUGCGAAAACUUUUAAAUAUGCUGCGAAUUUCUGCAUCAAUAACAAAGGUUCCAGAUUGGAGCGAAAAAAUUGGAGAACUAAAUGGUCGUUCAUUGCUUGAAAGCCGAGCUGAAAAUUCAUUUGAACCCAGUGUUGAUACUGCCGAAAAUACUUUGAGUAACAUAUCGCGAGCUUAUAUUUUAAAUGUCAAUAGAUUAAUUCGACAAUAUUGUUCUGAAACUGCUGCUAUUUUUAUAUACCUCCCGGCACCUCCAACUUUCAACAUGUGGGACAAAGAUGUUUUGCGUAAACAAUAUCUUCAACUUUUAACCGAAUUGACCGUAGAUUUACCACCUACUAUUCUAGUACACGGUGUUAGUGCAGUUACGUCCACAACUCUUUAGUAAUAACAAAUUCAUUAGCUAGAUUAAAAAAUUUGAUUGAAUGAUUUUUAUGUGAAAAAGUUUAUUUCUACACAUGAAAAAUUCUCCAUAUUUUGCAAUGGAGAAUUUUUAUUUUUUAUUAAGGCUUAUGAAAAAAGUAAGUUAUCGUGAAAGAGAUUUUUUCUAAAAAAUAUUCUAAAAUAAUAAUCGUGUGAUAAUGAAGAGAAUUUCGAGUAUUAAUAACCGAAAAUAUACAUAUUCAUCUAUUUUUAGUUGUAUCAUUUUUAUAUAUAAUUUUUAAUUGUAAGACUGCUGUUUGGUAAGAGCUUAUAAAUUUGAUAAACAGAUCUUCCAUUACUAUUUAAAUGUAUUUUUACCAAUUAUACAAGUACAAUUUAGUAGCAGAAAAAUAUUAAAACAUAGUUUAUGAUCAUUAAUUUCUUAGAAUAUCAUUAUUUUCAUAUAAUUUUUUAUCUGAACAAAAAUUUUAUAUACAAAAAGCCUUAAACUAAUUACAUGUAAAAUCUAACACAACACUCACUAUAAAUUGUAUAUGACACACACACACACACACACACACACACACACACACACACACACACACACACACACACACACACACACACACACGUAGUAUAUUAAUAAUUGAUGUAUAGGAGGUUGUAUUACAAUACAUUAUUAUUGUAUUACAAUAGUACAAUACAUUAACGUAAUUUAAUGAGAUCGAUUGUGUCUGUGAAUAGUGCAAUAUUUUGAUGAAGAGAAGUUAGAAUUGUCAUAUUUAAAUUUCCUUUAGAAUCGUUAGUUAUGUAUAAAUAUAAACGUUUUAUAUUAUUUUAACAUUAUAUUGUAAUUUAUAUUUAAACUAAAAUGUUUCGUCAAUGAAUGAAUGUAACAUAAAAAUUAUUACUUUUAUACUUAUAAAA